UUUCUUUUACAGGGAGAAACAAGAGGCGAGACAGCGUUAUUGUGGAGGGAGUAGUCGAGAGAGAGAGAGAGAGAGAGAGAGAGAUGGGAAGGGAGGUGGCGGAGAGCUGCAUCGACGGUGUAAUCAUCGAGAUGGUCUCGGCCUACGGCCGGCGGUUCUACGCCACCAAACCGGAGCUUGCCGCGCACCGAAUCGAGGCGAUUGGGUACCAGGUCGGCCAUCAGCUCAUCGAGAGGUACACUAUGGAGCGCCCUCGAUUUAACGAUCAUCUAGAGGUGAUUAAAUUCAUAUGCAAAGAUUUCUGGCAAGAGCUGUUUAAGAAGCAGAUCGAUAACUUGAAAACGAAUCACAAGGGCACUUUUGUUCUACAAGAUAACAAUUUUCGUUGGCUCACUCGCAUAUCGAUCGAUCCAUCAUCAGACAACAAUGAUGGAUCUCAGGGCUCUUCUUCUGAAGCGACAAACCUGCUUCUGUACUUCCCAUGCGGAAUUAUAAGAGGAGCCCUGUCAAAUUUGGGGAUUCCUUGUGCUGUAUCUGCUGAUUCAUCGAAUCUUCCUUUCUGUUCGUUCAUGGUACGCAUAAAAGCUUAGAGCUUCGCCUCACGCACAGCUAAGACAUGAAGGUGGUUUGAUUAUGGAUCUCGAGUUGUUUGCGAUAUUUUUUGAACAAAACGAAGUCGAGCUCUCUCACUUGUUCUACUUGUUGUGAAAGUAUUGUUACUGUCUAUGAAAAUUCUGGUUCGAUCUGUCUAUUUGCCUUGAAACAUGGCCUGGUUGACCUUAACUUUAUCGAAAGUAUUUAGAGUGGAUUUUAUAUGA